UGUCCACAUCCACUGAUCCACUGAUCCACAGCUCCACAGUCCCCUGCCUGCCCACAGCCAUUUCAAACGAGUGCCUAUAUAAACCCCUCCAUCCUUUUCCCCUGCCCUCAAAUGCACUCCCUUUCAAGUGCCCCAACCAUGAAUCCAACUCCCUCUCCAAACUCAACCUAAAGGUUUCCAGCUUACACGUCUCUAGCCCCACUUCACACUCUCCACCACACUCUAACCGUUCCAUUCUCACUCAACUCCUCCACGGAUGGAUUGAACCUCUCUAACCAACUUUCUUCGCCCUCUAACCCACUCCAAACGGUUCCCCAAUCCUCUACUUCACUCGUGUUGAUUUUUUCCCCUUUAUGUGUUCUCUGCGUCUCUCUCUCGAACACCUAAGCAACAUCGUUUGUUGAAUUGUCUGAAAUAGAAGAAAAAUUAGAAGAAGGAAGCAUGAGCAGUUGAGCACCAUGCUUUAACCAACUUUCGUUCAUUCCUCCUCUAACCCAAUCCACUUCUGUAGUUCUGUUGGCAUGCGUAUCUCUAAGGCUCUCUCUCUCUCGAACACCUUAAGCAACACUUUUUGUUGGAUUGUCUAAAACAGAAGAAAGUUUAGAAGAAGGAAGCAUGAGCACGGGAGAAGCAGGGCUGGGUAACCAGCAGAACCCAAGUCUGAUCCCCGGCCUGCCCGACGAAAUAGCGUUGGAAUGUCUCGUUCGCGUGCCCUAUCGAUUCCACUCGGAAAUUAAGUCCGUCUGCCGGAGAUGGCGGAACCUGCUCAUGCACCCAUCUUUUUACAGAGAAAGGCAGAGAACCGGCACCGCCGAGCAGCUUGUCUGUCUCGUUCAAGCCCUCACCACCUCUGCUGAACCCACCAUAGAAUUAGCGGUUGAAGGUAACGACGAGCAGCAACAAGAUAAGAGGCAAACUCGGCGAGGACAUUGCCCACCCAUUUACGGCGUCAGUGUAUAUAACCUCAGCAUGGAUACCUGGCAUCAGUUGAUGCUGAAUCGAGCCAACGGCAAUGGAGUCCCCAUCUUCAGUCACUGCGUAGCACUGCCGCUCUCGGGGAAACUGGUCCUACUCGGCGGUUGGAACCCCGACACCCUCGACUCUGUCCCUGACGUCUACGUUUAUGACUUCAUUCGCGGAGGCGGGUGGCGCCGCGCCGCUCCCAUGUCGAUGGGGCGGUCAUUCUUCGCCUGUGCAGCCGUCGGACCCUCCACCGUAUACGUGGCCGGAGGGCAUGACAACCAGAAGAAUGCCCUGCGAUCGGCAGAGAUGUACGACGCCGAUGCGGCCGAGUGGCAGGCUCUUCCCCCUAUGGCCGAGGAGAGGGACGAGUGUAAAGGGUUUUCCUGUGACGACGAUGGCAGGUUCUGGGCGGUGAGCGGGUACGGUACCGAGAGCCAGGGACGAUUCAAGUCAGACGCAGAGUGCUAUGACCCGGCUCUUGGGUCUUGGUCUAAGGUAGAGGAGGUGUGGCCCUUCCAGAGUGCUAGCCCAAGGGCCAUCACUGCCACUGCCGGUGGGCGGUGGUGGUUUGUCAGUGGCGGAGGAGAGAGCAGGGGGGUGAUGGAGUAUGACAUGAAAGAGAAACACUGGAAGGCAUUGACAUCCAUUCUGGACAGCGGCAUGAGGUCUUCGCCGUGCGUGACGACUCUUCGAGGUGCAAGAGGAGAUCAUGAUAAGGUAUUUGUGAUGGAUUCUGACGGUGGUAAAUUGAACGACGGCGUUGACAGUGACAGACACAGAGGGUUUGUAUUCAUGCCGGACUGGGAGAGUAGCACCACUGGUACCGGUAACGGAAAUAGCAAUGGCAAGUGGAUCCAGCUCCACACCCCCACCAAUUUCUCGGGAUUUGCAUAUUCGGCUUCUUCUCUCCUCAUCUGAUCGAAGAAGUUAUAGUUUAAAACCGAUCAGACGACUUUUUUUUCCUUUUGCAAAACAGAGCAGCCUUGUAUUACUUAGAAUAGUCUUACACGAGGGGAGGUGGAUAUAUCACAGUGCAGUGAUUGUAUGCAAAAAGAUGAGCCGCUUGAUUGUUUUUCCUACUUGUAUGUACAAACUGAAUAAAAGCAAAAGAGGAGAUUAGUCGUUGUAAAUGGCUUCUGUAGAGCUGAUUAAUCCAUUGGGUCGGGUUAUCUGUAUUAGCAAACUCCAUUAAGGGCAAGUCUACGCUGUCUGAAAAUACCAAAAGAUGAUCAAUACCAUAUGAUAGCGCUGCGUGCAAUCCCCCUAGGAGAGCUCUGGUUUCGGCAUCAUGACUGUUGAUGGCCCAGCAAGGCUUGCCUUCUGCAAUGGAGAGCUGGCGUUGUGCAUGUUGGAUGAUGAACCCUCUUCCUGCAUAACCUGUGUUUAGGAUCAAAGGAGCCAUCGAUAUGCAGGGUUUUGCAUAGGCUGGAUGAUAUGCGUGAGUGGGAAGUGAGAUGCAGACUGUAUAACAUGAUAUGGAUCUGGUGGUCUAUUUUCAAAUAUGCUUUUAUUCCUUGCUUUCCAUAUGAAGUAGCCGAUGAUACUGAACUUGCUAAGAUACUGAACUUGAUUUUCCGGUAGUGUGGUCGGAUUCAACCCAAACUGCUCUGGUGAAUGUGCAUUGGAAAAACAGGUGGAAGGUUGUCUCCCCACUGUUGUUACAAAAAGUACACAUUCGGUCCUCUUCUUGUAGGCAAGCCGAACAUUUUCGUUUAGUUAUCAAGCCAUCCCAUAUUAGUUUCCAUAAGAAGAGUUGGAAUCUGUGCAAUAUUUUGAGCUUCCAAAUCAGUUUCCAGUUGCAAUGAGAAUUAGAAUUGGAGCCUUCAAAUGAGAAGAAGUAUUGGUAGGCUGAUUUCACCGAAUAUGUACCCGAUUUGUUCUUCUUCCAAAUCACUUUUAUCUGUCGUCUGGUUUGGCUCUUGAGUUAUUGAUAAAAUGCGAGGCACAACAGACUCCUGGAAGAGAAGGUUUAGUUUGGGAGUAUCCCAAGAGCCUUCUAGAGUGAGAAGUUCUAAAACCUUCAGAUUCUUGACUUGAGGUUAAGAAAUCGAGGAGUUCAGGCUUGGAAUGUGACCCGGUAAAGUGGGUAUCCAUAGGUCAGUGAUUGCUAGGAUGUCACGGCCAUCUUUGAUUGACCACAGUAAAUUUGGCUUUAACUGGGGUAACAUAGAGUGAGCUUGCUGCCACUAGUGUGAGCUGCUUCUAGUUUUCAGAGCUGCAAAUAGAGGUAUAGGGAAAGUAUUUGGCUUUUAUUUGCUUGCUCCAGAUCCCCUUGUUAUCAAUUAAGAGCCUUCAGAUUUGUUUCCCAAACAUGGCCUGUUCAUGAUCCCAUAAGAUCUGAAACCCAACCCUCCUUGUUGUUUAGGCCUACAAAUCUUGCCCCAAGAGAUCGUACGUGUGGAUCUCCCUGUUGUAUCUCCCCAGCAGAACUUUCUUGUGAGCUUAUCUAAUUCUGAGUUUGUAGCCCUUGGGAAGAUUGUUGUGGCCAUGGAGUAUGUUGGGAUGGACUAAAGACUGAUUUGACUA